AUGACGUCACGAGCUGUCCGCCUCAGACAGACACCUAGCGAGAAAACAGGCCGGAGCGGGAGAGGUCAGAGGUCAGUGCGGGAGAUCUGAGACGGGGCAGGGAGAGCGCGGCUCCGGAGACAGAGACGCACCUCCUGCUAGGCCCUAACCGUAUAAACGUAGUCUGCAUUGUACUUGCCCCGGCACCUAUAUGCACCUCAUACACAUCUCGUAAAUACCAUCCGUAAUCGCAAGUCCCCUUUGAGGACAUCUGAGCUGCAGCUCUGGAUCCCGUUCUGGGUCUGAAGAUGGAAACGGAGAGUGAGCAGAACUCCAACUCCACCAAUGGGGGCUCAGCAUCAGGGGGCAGCUCGCGCCCUCAGAUAUCUCAGAUGUCUCUCUAUGAGCGUCAGGCUGUGCAGGCUCUCCAGGCUCUUCACAGGCAGCCGAAUGCUGCACAGUAUUUUCAUCAGUUGAUGUUACAGCAGCAGCUCAAUAAUGCACAACUGCACAGUCUUGCAGCAGUUCAACAGGCCACCAUUGCUGCCAGCCGUCAGGCUGCCUCUCCCAACGCAGUCACUACUCAGCAAACCAGCACCACCCAAGGAUCGCAGGCUAAUCUCUCCACAAGUUCCUCUGCCCAACUUUUAAGUCGCACACAGAAUGUCACAGCACCUAGUGCCACCACCCUUACCCAGUCAGUCCUCCUCAGCAACACCAACUCUCCCCCUCUCAGCCAAUCCCAGACUCAGAUGUACCUGCGGCAACCACAGCUGGGUAGCCUGUUGCAGGUGAAUCGUUCUCUUGGCCGUGGUGUCCCACUGAACUCGCAGCUCAUUCUGAUGCAUAAUGGCCCUGUGGCCACUGUACAGCAGGAGGUGGCGUCUCCCCAAAACCAAACCCUACACCAGGACUCUGACCAGGUUCAGAACUUGGCAGUUCGUGGUCAGCAGACUAUCCCACCCACUUCCUCAGCCGUGGCACCUACCAUCUCCCAACCACUACCAACAGCCACUAAACCACCAACUCACCCAGCCUCCUCAACUGCGCCCCCACAGCUGCCCUCUCCCUCAGUGCCUCAGUCUGUAAAGAGCCCAACGGGCCCCGUUGGGGGCACUGUAAGCCAGGGAAGUCAAACAGAGGCUGAGGGGAGGAAGGCAGAGGGGGAAUGUGUGCAACAGAGUGUUGGCAUCAACCUUACCCGUGCAGCAACUCCAGCUCCGAAUCAAACCCUGAUCAGCUCUGCCACGUACACUCACAUUCAGCCUCACUCAGUCCUACAGCAGAAGCAGGUGGUUUUCCAGCAGCAGAUUGCAAUUCACCAGCACCGCCAGUCCCAGCUGCUCCAUGCCUCCACACAUCUCCAGCUGGCCCAACCACAACCCCAGUCAUCUCAGCAGCAGGGCCUGCAAACUACCCCUACCCAGCAGACCUUAGUUGUGCAGCCUAUGCUCCAGACUACUGAGGCUACCCUUCCAACCAAAUCGCCAGUGCCUAUCCAACCCAAGCAGCCUGGAAAAGGGGUUCCUCCGCUAAACUUACAGGGGCACCUCGGAGUUAAACCUUCCCAAGGAGCAAGACCAAUCACCACACCUCCAGCCAACCAGCCUCACAUACCUGUACAGCAAGUGGGAGCUAGGCAGCAGGGUCCUGCACAGGCCCUGGCAUUGGGAGCCCCCCAGGUCCCCUCCCAGGCUUCCUCCCUAACACAAAUGACGCUCCCCACCUCCCCGGCUCCUGUGCCUCCCCCUGUGACUGGUAUGGUGCAGGAGUCACAGGCUGGAUUCUACGGCAUGCUGCAGGGGAAAAUAUCUGGCACUGGAAAGAGGAAAGCUGAGUCAGAGGAGGAAAGGGAAGAGUCGCCGACGUUGCCUGUCAAAACCUCUUCCCCUACAGAUACCCCUUUAACUAUGGAGGAGAGCAGCACCCCAGCUGAUAAGUCUGAAGCUGUCUCUCAAGUUGUUCCGACUGUCUCUAUAUCCACCGCGCCUUGUGUCCCAGCACUCUCGAUUACGUCUCGCCAGCACAACGAUUCAAAACCACCGCAGGCCAUUGUGAAGCCACAAAUCCUUACACACAUUAUUGAAGGCUUUGUCAUCCAAGAAGGAGCUGAGCCUUUCCCAGUUGGCUGCCCCCAGAUGCUGAAGGACCCAGAAAAGCUUCCUGCAUUGAGCUCUGUCUUACCCACAGCAGAAAGCCCAUCUCCUCACCCUGCAGGGGACACGGCUCUCUGCAAUUCUGGAUGCUCCAACAUGCUGAAGUGUGAAUAUUGUGGGAAAUUUGCCCCAGAUCAACAGUUUCGUGGGUCCAAGAGGUUCUGCUCAAUGACCUGUGCCAAAAGGUAUAAUGUCAGCUGUAGUCAUCCGUUCCGUCUGAAAAGGAAGAAGCUGAAGGAUCUGCAAGAGGUUGCAGGGAUGAGAGUGCACAGACGGGGGCCACGUAGGAAUAGCUCUGAGAUUGCACGGGCCAAGAUCCAGGGGAAAAGGAUGCGGGAGGACUCCAGCCGAGGUUCUGAUAAUUCCAGCUAUGAUGAAGCAUUCUCUCCUACAUCCCCCAACCCCCCUUCCUGCAGAACAUCACAUGGAGAUCGAGAGGGGAGCACACCGACUAGUGGACCCACAAAUUCUGACCUCCUUGGGAUUAACCCAGUGUUUUUGUCCAGUAACCCCAGUCGCUGGAGUGUGGAGGAGGUGUACGAGUUCAUUUCCUCACUUCAAGGUUGCCAGGAUCUGGCUGAGGAUUUUCGAUCGCAGGAGAUUGAUGGGCAGGCGUUGUUGCUGCUGAAGGAGGAGCAUCUCAUGAGCACAUUGAACAUUAAAUUGGGACCUGCGUUGAAGAUCUGUGCCAAAAUUAACCUCCUCAAAGAGACUUAACCUCCCUAUUAUUACACCAAGCAUGAGAGGAACAGCACCAACAAGGAGUGCAGAGGGUUGCACCAACAGAUUUCUAGCUGAAUAGGGGCUAGAGAGCUCCUAAUUGUGGCAUCAUCUGUCUCCACAUCUGCUCUGGACUCUCAUUUAUCAUCUCCUUGAUUAUUACUCUUUAAAUAUAUAUCUAUAUCUUCUAUACGUCUGUAUCUAUUUACAUGUGUGUUUCCAAGCUGUGACUGCACAUUACUGCAGAAUGGUGCCUCUUUUCUAUAGACGUGUGCAGGCCAAAGUCUGUAUAAUAAUCUUGAAAUAAAUCAGACGUUUGUCUGAAAGGAAGAGAGUCCUAAUAGGUGGGGUGACAGAGGAUUCUCUAUGUGGAUUUGUUAAUAGCGGUACAGGGACCUUAUCAAGCUUCCUACCUGUGAGUUACUGAAUGUAUGUAGGUUAUAUGGGUAGCCUUAAUGCAACACUACUUUGUACCCUUAGCGCUGUUUGUCCUUGCAGUGCUCACUAGGUAAAUAAUCCAGCGUUCCUUGUAUUCCAGACUGUUACUUGUGGAGUCUGAGCCUUAAUAUUCUGCUGGACCACACAGUACUCACAGAUUAGUAUUACACCAUCUACAAUGGUGAUUCCUUCUUGGCACUUAGCAAUUUUAGUACCUGCAUUGCUCUUAAGGAGCCUGUGCUGUAAUAUAAACCUCCAGCUCCUUUUUUCUAUCUAUUAUAUAUGCUUUUAUGUAAGAGCUCUGCAGGAUAAGGAAGAGAGAAUUGGUUUGUUAUAUUUUGUCAGCACUUGAACACAUUGAAAUAAAGGUAUUGAUCAUUUAGACCGUAGGGUCACUCUAUAUCAAA